CGCGUGCAAAGGUCGAACACCCCCAUUUGUAGGGGUAGAAUCCGCUCGGCCGCGCGCGGGACCACCGUCAUUAGUCUGGAAUCAUUGCCGGAAUCGAUAACAUCGCGCUCGUGCUAUCGCGCUUGUUUCAGCGAAUUUGUGCGCGUAGGAGAGCUUCUAACGCGUCGCAGAGACAUCCAAACGGUUGCACUGGACACCAUGACUAUUUCAGCAAUCCCACCCCCAGAGCCCGUCUGGUGUUUGGACCGGCGGGACUCGGGCCAUCUGUUCUGGCGCCGGGAGUCCUCCAAGGUGAAGUUCCGGUACGACGUGGAGGUGCUCGAGUUCACCAAAGACCCGUACGAGGAUCAGCUGCUCAUCACGGACAGUGAGCUGAGCAGGGCGAAACAGCAGCAGCAGCAGGCCGGUGCCGUCUCCAACAUGAUCGUCGUUUGUGUGACGUGUGUCGCGGCCAUUGCCGUUACGGUAGUGCUGCCCUGGUUCCUGAUCGGAUCGGCUUAAGCAUUGGUCUUGAAAAUUUCCACCCACCCCCACACACACACACCCACUAUGUCAUUGAGCGCAGUGGGGGACAGUGUGUAUGUGUGAAGAGUGUUGUGAAAAGCAUGUGAAUCGCUUGGAAGGAGGUUCCCUCCCAACCCAAGCACACCACAAUUGUGAUAGCUGUCCCUAGCAGAAAGAGUGAGAAAGUGGUGUGAAACAAAAGGAGUCUACGAAAGUGUUAGGGACAUUUUUUCUCCAAAACAAUUUUUACAAACGCUAGCCCGUAAGAUAGAUAGAGCUGUCCAACACGUACCAACCGAGCAAAAUCCCGCCUCAACAUGGUGUAAUAAUAAGGUCCAGUUGAAUUGUGUAAAUAGAAGCUCUGAUUCACGCUGAUACUGAUAAGGUAAAGAAGGGUUGUGAUAAAAUGGCAACCCAGCUUUAGCGCGCUACGAUACGAUACGCACCGAAUUACUAGAGAAGCAAAUGUAAUGUAUUAAAGCUUAGUUAAAUGUGAUGUGUUUGCGCACGCAGCAGCAGACGUAGAGGAAACAAACCACACACACACAAACUACAAACCAAUAGGGAGAGAGAGAGCGAGCGCCAGCGCGCAAUUGUUCUUAGUGAGUUACAAAAGUUGCACCUGGUUAGUGGUUAAGUGCGAUUUGUGCUUUUUUUUAACACGCAGAUGGUGUCAGGGAAAGGCAAUUACAUUUUACAACGAACAAUAAAGGUUGUAUUACAAACAUAA